AUGUCCCCAACUUUGGUUUAUUUAGAAGUCCCACUUAGGCAGAGGUGGGUCGGAACAAUCAGAGGUGUCGGAAAUCGGAAGAGCCGAAAAUCGGAAUGCCUCAAAAGUCGGAACUCGGAAAUCAAAUUUUUUUCUGAAAUCGGAAGGAAAAAAUGUCGGAAAUCGGAAUUCCGACCCACCUCCGCUUUUAGGCUAGCAUGUCAGGACAGUUUACAAAGAAACAGUUCACCGCAUCGGGAAAUUUAUAAGGAUACUAGAAAACGAUAUGGAGACUCAAAAUUCUCCAAAAAUGUGUUCGAACUUUCCUACAACCACGACCAUGAAUUAAUAACAAAACACAUUCAUCAAACAUAUUUUGUUGUUGAAAUUCGUAAAAUAUUUUGUGGAAUAUUUGAUUUUGCAAAAAAUUGCAAAAAAUCAAGCAAAAAAGAAAGUGAAAAAAAUGGAAGAACUGAAAGUACAACCCCGUUAAUUGACGAAGAUUACGAUAGUGAUGGGAGCAAAAAAGAAGAGGAUUGUAACCUUGAUUUGGAUAAAGUUGCAAUUUUCAAACGUGUCUGUAAAGUAUUCCAAAAAGAAAAUUCAAACGAUCGAGUAGAGUUGCUUCGACUUAAAGGCUUUAAUGAAUUGGACGGUCAGAGAAAUAAUUUGGAUUUGAAAAAAUUAAAAAAAGACUUGGAUAACGCUAAACCAGGAAAACCAGGAAACACGAAAAAGGAAGGCUUUAGUCUUGUGAGGGGUGUCAAAAAAGUUUUAGGUAUUGGAAAAAAUAAUAAAGGUAAAAAUAAAGAUAAAAAUAAAGAUAAACAAAAGAUCAAAGCAAAUUCAAUAGAUAUUGAACCACCAAGGCGAAGUUUUGAGUUCCAAAGAUCGGAAUCAAAUAUAGCAGAUCCACCAAGAAAAAGUCUUGAUGUUACUGGCAGCAUUCCAUGGAUUACAUUUGAGGAAAAUUCGUAUCAUUCAGAUAAUGAAUCGAGACAAAGUCUUGAUACUCCUCUUUUGGAUCACGAACAAAAUUUUUAUAAAAGUAGGGAGUUGAUUUUAAAAAUUGAUACUCAUUCUUAUGACACUCAUUAUCCGACACUCAUUCUUAUUAUUUGA